AUGGAUUUGGAAACACAGGGCCACGAAAAUGACGACUAUAUUGCUUCACGUGGUACGAGAGAGAGAUUACUAGAGGACCAUGGUGCCUUCCAUCGCCUGCCCUCCAACGUCAUUCAGAAGAUUCUCUAUAUAGUUGAUGCCAAUACGUUCGCGUCCUUGACGGUUUUAAACCAACAAUGGAGGAAGACAUCAAAUAACCCUGAGCUCUACGCACACCACCUUUCUCGAUGUCCGAUGUUUUCUGUUUCUCAUGGUGCCAUUGCUGCCUCGAUCCAGUCGUACGAACUUGAUCAGUUGAAACAGAUGUUUGCCCGAGAAGUCCGGAAAAAUGCCUUUCAAUUAUUUCUUCGUCCUCACAUAACACUGGUAACAUUGAUAUCAAGUUCGGUUGGAUCCUCAGCAGCACUACCAACGGGCGAAGCGUUGAAGUUUGACUUCUCUGCGAACGGUCAAAUUCUCCUCUGUCUGAGCUCUUCCCGGAUUUUUGUUCUGGAUUUAGCUGCGCCUGAGAUAACAGUACUACAUCAACUCAAAACCUCGCGCAUGCCAUUGGCCGCCACCAUCCUUGAUGAUGGCCGUCUCCUCGCCGUCGUCUCCCAUCGUCAUCAAGUCAACAUAUAUCAUCUAUCCAAAAGCGAAGCUAAGCAUGUCCAAGUCUUGACACUAAACGAUGUUCCACGGGCUCUAGCCCUCGCACCUAGCGGGAGUGUACUUGGCAUCGCAUAUGACGGGAGCAUAGAGGUACAUGCAUUGGGUGAAAAUGACAUUGCUACUCAGUGCCGAGCUGUACGAUGCGGAAAAAUUGAUGCUCUAUCAUUUUCUUUAGAUGGGUCAAUGCUUCUUGGUUCCUCGUUAGACCAUCCCGAAGGAGGGUUUGUCACCAUUACAGCUCCUUUUCCUACAGACUCGAUGAUGGACGUAAGCAAUUACGAGGCUCAUACAUGGACAACCCAGAUAUUGUUUCCCGACGUGGUUUCAGGAUAUAGCCAUGUAACGUUGGUAUCCAGCCAAGUUGGUGGUGAUGAUGAUUGGAUAAUUGGCUUUGAUAGCGACCUCCAAACGUUCCGGGCAGUUAGACCGAGUGAUCCAAAGACAGGCUCGACUUUUUUCCCAGGACCAGCAUCAUCCGAUGGCGUGGAAGAAUACGUGCCCUCUUUGAGUCCCGCCAUCAACUCGAACGGAGAACUUGUUGCCUUAGCAUUUCGAGGCAGUGGCUUGUGGCUGUAUGGGCUCCCCGAUGACUUUAGCCUCACGCCAUUAGAAUCUAAUGCGGAGGUCGGGAUUCAUAACACCAGACUUUUGACACCAUCUACUCAAAGCCCCCGCACGGACUAUGAUGACACCGUAGCAACAAGACUGAGGCAAAGUGUUAACCAGCCAUUACUGAUGAUUGAAGGUCGAAAGGUAGCUGACAUACCAGGGCUGACAGCAGCGCGCUGGGUUUCUCGGCGGCGUUCUGCGCAAAGUAAUAUUUCAAGUCCCCAGAGACUAGUUGCCGUUGCUCCAGGAGGUGUCACGUCCGCGACGCUAGGAGAUGAAACAAUACCAGUAGAUGGAGGAAGGAUAUCGAUUUUCGAUUUUCAGUCUUCGGCGGAGGAUGGUGGAACCGUUGAAUUGACCAUUGAGCUUGGAGAAGAGGAGCCACUGGUUCUGAGGGAACCCGAUGCUAAUCUCGAGCAAGAAGUGGAGCUUGAGAGAAGGAGAACUCAAAUGCGCCGUGGGGGUACAGGCUUACCCAGGGCAGAUCCUGGAGAACCGCUGAACAUUUCUCGACAAUCACCUCCAGACACAAGCAAUAACCCCAAGGGCCACUCGCCAUCAAGCUCCCAAGCAUUAGGCACCGAAGUCAAUGAUGUGACCUUAUUCUUGGACGGGCCUUAUAGCAAUACUGCGCCUCGUUCUAGGGAGACUUUACAACGUGCAGCUACGGCGGCAGCUGCCAACCGCAGAUCCCAAUAUUCUAUUCGCGAACAUGAACGCCCUAGACUCCCUGCCCUCCAUAUUCCUCAUGAAAGCGAUGCUGACAACUGGGUGCCUCCCCCUCCACCCUAUACACGUGAUGCUGAAGAACCACUGCCGGAGCGUCUGAGACAACAGCUUCUUCCCCCAAUGACAGCUCCUCCAGGCGGAGCUAUGGAUGAGAUACCUCAGCAGAUGGUGCGGGCCAAUACAAACCAGGAAAACCGGCCUGAUCGGGAUAGCUCUGUUGGUGGCGCUGGUGUACUCUCAAGGCGCUGGAGCACUCGGCGACGUACUGUAGAUACAGCCAACGACUCCACGAGCAGACGAGGAAUAAAUUUUAGACCACUUUCAUUCCACAGAAGUCAGCGGGUUUCAACAAGCAACUCGGAAUUGGGCAUUGACUCUGUUCCUCCACUCCCGCCUGCUGAGAACGACAUGAUACCGCCAUCCACAGCGCCGCGCCAGACCGUGAGACCCUCACCAACCGAUAGUGGAACUGCUCCAUCAUCAGGAAUACCCAGAAGGCCGUUCAGAAACAGUAGAUUAUUUGGCAAUAUUCGAAGACCAGGCAACGACUCAGCAGCCAGUCAGUCCAGCGAACAACAACAACAACAACAACAACAACACGAACAAUAUUUACCCAACCCUAGUCCAAGAAGAAACCGCUCCGUAAUGAGGAACGGGAGGUUUUCACGCUCAUCACCAAAUCUGGCCAUUGGUUCCGGUAGCGGAGUUAAUCGCAUGUCCACUAUUUACAGCAACGCUUCUCGAUCCGUCGAGCAAAAUCGCCAAGUUCGCCGUACUCGUUCCCGAUCAGAGGUCACACAACCACCCGCACCAUUGACAGAGGAAGCGCUACGAAAUGCACUACAAUUUCAAAACGCGAAUGACAGACGGUAUAGUCGCAUACAGACGCAAUUGAUGCCUAUUCACGGCGACGAUCAUGUCGAUGAACUUCAGCAGCAACAAGGACAGUCAGCAGAUGCUGACUGGCAGCAGCCGAAUCCGGCAGAGUUUGAGGCCUGGAGAGCCCGCAUAGAGGCGUGGAAUGCGAAUACUAUCAACGAAAGGAAAAGGAGCAGGAGUAAAACCGGACGAUGCAUUGUUAUGUAA